AUGCCAAGGAAAAGGAAAAAUGUUGGUGGAAGUCCUGCUAGGAAGUCUCUGAACACAGAGGAUGUUGCAUCCAAUAUUGCUCAUCAUGAGGAGCUGACAACUCUGCCUACACCGCCUCAGCCAAAUGUCGACAAAGAGAAACUCUUAAACAGUUUGUCAGAGAUGUUUUCUGACCUGGAUCCUGAUGUAGUUUAUUUGAUGCUUUCAGAAUGUGAUUUCAAAGUUGAAAAUGCUAUGGAUUGUCUCUUAGAACUGUCCACUGGUGCCAAAGGAAUGCCGGCCUCUAAAAGCUUAAUAUUGGAGUCAGUUGCAACACCACUUGCUUUUGUUAAUCAGCACCUUGCUGAAGGAAAUGAAAUGAAUGAAAAACAUCCUCAUAUAGAAAAUGAAGAUAGCUCUCAAGUAGCAGAUACAUUCUCUGAUAUGCGACUUACUGAAGACUUGGAUUCCUUAAUACAAAAUGCAUUUGAGAAAUUGAAUUAUGCUUCAAAUGACCAAGUGUCUUCACAGUCACUUUUGCCUUUGGAACACAAUUUUGGUGGCACCGGUGACAGCAGAAGGAGUUUUCCUCUGCAAAAAACAGAAAUGGACCCUGAAAAAUUUGAAAAUUCUUCUGUAUUAAAUUCAGAACAUUUAACUUUACAUUCAGAUUUGAGCAAAUCCAGAAAUUGUAAAAAGGAUGCUAUAUGGCCUUUAACUAAUAAUAUGGAUGUCCAGCCUAAUAGCUUUUUCACUCAACCAAAUGAUUCUCUAGUGGUAUAUGUUAACCCCAGUCAAACUCAAAAUACACUUUCAGAUGCUCCAAAUUUUGGGUGCCAGCCUUCUCAAUCCUGUGUACGUUUGGAUACAAAUGAAAUAAGGACUGCUGUCAAUCCUCUUAUACAGAUUUCAGACCAGACCGAAGAUAGAAUGGGCACAUGUGGUGAUCAGAAUGGUGUUUCUGUCCCUAAUUUGUUUACAUCAUCCAAAGGAUUUGCUUUUAAGCCACAAAAUCAUUCAGAACUACCACCACAGGGAAGUGACUUCAGCUUUUGUCCUGGAAUACCCCCAUUGCCACCUCCGCCUGUGCUACCACAGACUUCGUGGAAUCCAAUGGCUUCUGCCUUUGAACCAUUUCAAGGGGUCCGUAGCUUCAUUGCUCCAGUUGCUGCCAGUCCUCAGCCUAUGAUACCUGUUUUUGACUACUGUGAACCUGGAAGAGUCUGUGCUUCCCUGCCACCCCCAGUUCUUUUUAGUGCCUGGGAUAGAAAUGCUUCAUUGCCGAUGCCAGUGGCAUGGAGGAAUCAAGAUGGAAAUCCUUAUCAAGUACAAGAGCCUCCUGCUUCUCAUACUGUUCGAAGAAAAACCCCUUACGUAGGCCAAACACUUGUGCUACUCAGAGGGCUUCCAGGAUCUGGGAAAUCCUUUUUGGCAAGGAAAUUACUAGAGGAGAAUCCGAAUGGAGUCAUACUUAGUUCAGAUGAUUUCUUUUACAAAAAUGGACAAUAUCAAUUUGAUGGAAAUUUAUUGGGUGAAGCACAUGAGUGGAACCAGAAACGAGCUAAAGAAGCACUAGAGAAGAAGGUUUCUCCUGUAAUAAUAGAUAAUACAAACCUACAGGCAUGGGAGAUGAAGCCGUAUAUAAUUUUGUCACAAAAAUAUAAAUAUAAAAUUCACUUCCGGGAACCAGACACAUGGUGGAAAUUUAAACCAAAGGAACUUGCAAGGCGCAAUGUUCAUGGGGUAACCAAAGAGAAAAUAGUAAGAAUGUUGGAACACUACGAACGUUAUGUUUCUGUGACACACAUCCUUGAUUCUUCAGUUCCAGAUAAACCAGAACUUACUGAGUUAAGUGAACCUUCUCAUGAAGAUGAAAAUAUUAGCCCAAAAGACUUGGAUGAUUAUACUUGUGUGAAAGAAAAUGAUCUUUCUUCUUCUUUGAAGCAUCUCGAAUUAAGUGAAGAAAAACUGAAGUUGAAGACCAAUAUUUCUUCAUUUCAAGAAAAUAUGAAAUGUUUUCCUAUACUAGAUUUAGAAAAAGGAAAACAAGAAGUUAGUGACAUUGAACCUUAUUUUCAGAAAACUGCUAUUCAGGAAUCUGGAGAGCAUGAAUUAGCAGAUUCUGAAAAUAAAGAAGUAUUAGAUGAAAAUAAUGGAGAGGAAGAAAAUACAGAUAUCCCUACAGAAGGGCAAAGCAUUAAAAUUGAUAAAUCCAGAUCGGAAGAGAAUGUCAUGAUAAAUGCUUCUUUUAAUGAAGGAAACCAUGACACCAACAGACUUCCAAAGACAGUCAAAGUCCAAAGUGAAAACUAUGUACAUAGUGAAAUAUCUGCUGACUCAGAAAUAGUAAGUGAAAAACAAGUCAGGACACACAACAAUUCAAUUUCCAAAAAAUCCUCCUCAAAGCAGGAAUUACUAAACUUUUUUGGUGACUGGCCAGUUGAGAAAACAAUGGGUCAGAGAAUCAAGAGGAAUAAAAAAACUGAAAAAGCUUCAUCCAUACAAUGCAACAGAAAGCGUAAUACUCUUGAAUCAUGCAUAGAAAAAGACAAUACUAUGCAUGUAGACAUAGCUCGUGUCCGGCAACAAGAACCCUCAGAAAAAAGUAGAGAAGAUCUCAAGAAUGCACAGUAUAAUGAGGCUCCAGAAACCUUAAGCAGUUGCACUGCCCGUGAUGGUGGGAAGAAUGUGUCGGAAGUACCUGAUAUAGGAGAUUGGCCUUUAUCAGAUUCCUUAGCUCUGAGAGAACAGAAACCAAGAAUGCCAAAAACAGAUUUAAAUGAGGCAUAUCUAGAGUCUGAGAGUAGUCAGAGUAUGAAUGAAGCAUCUUUAAAAAUAGCAGAUGUGCUCUAUGGUGUCUUUGCAAGUCAUGAAGACCAGAGAAAUCUAGAUAACUCAACUUAUGAAAAACCUGAGAUUUUAUUCUCUGAACCUACCAGUGAGAAAAAUCCUGAACCCCAAUUAUCUCUUACUUUUACCUGCAGUGAUUCCACUUUUCCCCGAGUAGUGGAACCAAAAGUUGCACCUGAAUUUUCAGAAGGGAAGCCUGAAGAAUUAUCUUUUCUAGAUAUGAAUAAAUGUUCACAAACUGAGCCACAAGAUUUUGCUCUUUUGUGGAAAAUAGAAAAAAAGAAAAUCAGCAUUUCUGAUUCAAUCAGAGUAUUAACAGGAAAAUUAGAUGGAUUUAAGCCAAAAGAUUUUAAUGCUAAUAUCAGAUCAGAUAUUCAAGAAAUAAUUCCAUAUAGGGUAAUGUAUGAUAAAAGUACAUAUGUAGAAGAAAGUGAACUUACUAAUGCUGAUGAGUCUGAAAAUCUAAAUACUCUUUGUAAGAUUUUUGGCUCUUUUUCAUCUGAAGCAUUGAAAGACUUGUAUGAGAGGUGCAACAAAGACAUUAUUUGGGCAACAAGUCUUUUGUUGGAUUCUGAAACAAAGUUAUGUGAAGAGAAUGAGGAGAAAAGUUUACCAGAAUCAGAUGAUAACACACAAAUCGAGCAAUUUGAUGUAAGUGCAUAUUUGAAGGAGAUUAUGAGCCAUGGAGAGGCUUCCAGUUCCAGUAUACCAAAAAAUGGCCAUGGAAGUGGCAUGGAUCAUGUUGAUGCACAGCUUAGCUGUGAUGAAGAAAGUAAAAACACUGGAAAAGCAGACAUAAAAGAUAUAAAUACUGAAAAAUCAGAAUUGGUAACAAGUAUUUUAUCCAGUAUUGUUAGAGAAGUAAGACACACCAAUGAAUUGCCUUCUAGCAGCAGUCAGACAAAACUUUCUGAUUCUGAUAACAUUGAACAGUCAUUUUCAGAUAUUUCAAAAAAUGCCUUAAAUGAUAUAAACCUUAAAAAUCUGAAUGAAAUAGAUGAGGAAUCUUUAGCUACUGAGUUUGGUUCAUGUUCUCCACAGGUUUUCCCUGAUAAUUUCAAAACCACAUCUGAUAUCUUAAAUGAAGAAACUGGCAUUGAAUCUUUUGAAGGAAAGAAAAAUGAAAAUCUUACAAAAAGUGAUAAGAAAUUUCAGGUGCUUACAGAGGGAUUUGUUAAGGAGGAUAAGCCAGAAAUGGAAAACAUUGUACGUGCCAAAUCACCAGCCAAUUUGGCAGGAGCAGUAAUUGAGGAAAGUAAAAUACCUUAUUGUGAAGUAGACAGAGCUGAGAUUUUGAAUUCUACAACGAAACCUAAACCCAUGAAUAUAGACUGUCUGGAGUUGGCAUUACCUCCAGAAUUGGCCUUUCAGCUUAGUGAAUUAUUUGGGCCUGUUGGCAUUGAUUCAGGGUCUCUAACAGUUGAGGAUUGUGUGGUUCAUAUAGAUCUGAAUCUGGCUAAAGUGAUUCAUGAGAAAUGGAAAGAAUCUAUUAUGGAACGACAAAGACAAGAUGAAGUAUCACAUAUCCUGCAUGCUAAAGAUAUUUCCAUUGUUGGCCAUUCAAAUCCUGAUACACCGGAACAAAAAUCAUCUCAAAGGACGGGCAAAAAAAUGCUGAAGUGUCAAAACCCGUCUGAAAUGCAACCCUUCAUGGAUCAUUGGAAUACUCAGACUAAGAAAGUUUCACUCAGAGAAAUAAUGUCAGAAGAGAUUGCCUUACAGGAAAAACAUGAAAUGAAACAGGUACCACUUGUGUUUGAAAAAAAUUGUGCUGCAAAGCUGAAGGAGAAACAACUCUUGAAGAUGUUCCCAACCAUUAACCAAAACUUUCUGAUGGAUAUCUUCAAAGAUAACAACUACUGUUUAGAACAGACAGUACAAUUUCUAAAUUGUGUACUUGAAGCAGAUCCUGUGAAAACUGUCGUAGCCCAAGAUUUUGUUCAUCAAAAUGAAACUCCUUCUUUUACACAGAAGUCUAAAGAGAAGAAGACAAAGAAAUCCAAAGAGACAGAAGAUAUACCAAGUGAUCCAUCUUUUCAGGAUUUUGAGUACCCUAAGUAUGAUGACUACAGGGCAGAGGCUGUCCUUCACCAGCAAAAGAGAUUGGAAUGUUAUAGCAAGGCAAAAGAAGCUUAUCGAAUGGGGAAAAAAAAUGUUGCCACAUUUUAUGCACAGCAGGGUAGUCUCCAUGAGGAGAAGAUGAGAGAAGCCAACCAUCUUGCUGCUGUGGAGAUAUUUGAGAAAGUUAAUGCUUCCUUGCUACCACAGAAUGUUUUGGACCUUCAUGGACUGCAUGUAGAUGAAGCCAUAAAUCAUUUAAUAACUGUUUUGCAACGAAAAACUGAAGAGUAUAAGCAGAAUGGUGGUAAACCAUAUCUCUCUGUGAUUACGGGAAGAGGAAACCAUAGCCAGGGAGGAGUUGCUCGAAUCAAACCAGCAGUCAUUAAAUACCUCACAAGCCACAACUUCAGGUUCUCUGAAAUUAAACCAGGGUGCUUGAAAGUUAUGCUGAAGUAAAACAGCAUAGAUGUGACUGAUUUUUUUGUUGUUGUAGUUGUACUUGUACUGAAACAUUUACAGCAAUUCAAUUUGACUUUACUGUUAUAGAAAUGUUUCCUUGGAACAAUUUCCACUUUUACAGCUAAAUAAUUUGUGAUGUUUUUCAGAACUUGAAAGAAUCUUACUUUUUUACUACGUCU